AUGAAAGCAAUGGUCACUCACUCGGACAAUGACGAAGUAGACUUGGAGAAAGAGGCGGCUCACGCUGAAGUAACACAUCAAAAUGGCAAUCUCACAGCAGAAGAGGCUGCAUUUCUCGCCGGCUUCUCCGAGGAACAGAGGAAAGCUGUGCUCCGAAAGGUGGACUGGAGGCUUGUCCCUGUGUUGUUGAUACUCUAUCUCAUCAGCUUCAUUGAUCGAGCGAAUAUCGGCAAUGCGAAGAUCGAGGGACUUCUUCCAGAUUUGAACAUGUCCGGCACGCAGUACAACAUCGCUUUGGCGAUCUUCUUCAUCCCUUACACGCUCGCAGAACUCCCAAGCAACGCGAUACUCGACCUCUUCGACCGACCUUCGUUGUUCAUGGGCGGUAUCGUGACGAUAUGGGGUAUAGUGAUGACAUGCCAUGGCUUCGUUCAAAACUUUGCGCAGCUCUGUGGAGUCAGGAUUCUGCUCGGCUUGUUUGAAGCUGGCUUCUUUCCCGGCGCGAUUCUUAUCAUCAGCAAGUGGUACAUGCCACACGAAAGUCAGACGCGUAUCGCUAUAUUCUUCACAGCAAGUGCCAUUGCAGGUGCCUUUUCUGGCUUGCUGGCGUUCGCGAUCGCGAAGAUGGAUGGCGUUGGUGGAUAUGAAGGCUGGCGCUGGAUCUUCAUUCUGGAAGGCAUUGCCUCCGUCGCAGCCGGCGUCGCAUGUUUCUGGAUCCUCGUCGACACUCCCAAACAUUCGCACCGAUGGCUGACUCCAGACGAGAUCCGAUAUCUGGAGCUGCGACAGAUCGCAGCAGGCCGAGUCAAGCCUCAAGGACAGCCGAAAGAGAAGGGAAUCAAUUGGAAAGUCCUGUGGUCCGUCCUUUGUGACUGGAAGAUCUACCUCCUGAUCAUCAUGUUCUGGUCGAACGUCACCCCGAAUUACGGCUUGAAGUUCACAAUGCCUCAGAUCAUUAAGAAUAUGGGAUACACCUCGGCGAAUGCUCAGCUUCUCACCAUGCCCUGCUAUGCAGUUGGUGCAGUUGCAGCGUAUGGCUUUUCUGUCAUAUCUGAUCGCUUCAAGUGGCGGAUGCCCACAAUCGUCGGGCCGCAGCUCUGCGUCGUCACUGCGUACGCUGUUCUCUUCGCGAUGGCCGACAACAUCAAGGACAAUAUUCCAGCUUGUUAUUUCGCGCUAUGCCUGGCUUGCUUUGGCCUCUACCCUAUCGGACCAGGCGUUCAAGCAUGGAACAUGAACAACCUUGCAGGCCCUACCAAGCGAGCUCUGGGAAUCGGCUGGAUGACCGGAGUCGGCAACAUGGGUGGCAUCACUGGUAGCUUUAUCUUCAUCGAGAAAGAAUUGCCAAAAUACCCGACCGGCUUCGGUGCCUCAUUGGGGUUCGCUGCGGCUGGAGUGAUUGCUGCGUUGUUGCUCGAGUUCCUGCUCUGGUCGAGCAAUAAGAAGAACGCGGGCAUGACCGAAGCAGAAGUUCAUGCUCAAUUCUCCAGAGAAGAGUUGGAUCGCCUGGGGGAUAAGAGUCCACUUUUCAAGUAUACACUUUGA